GCGAAGCCGUCCCUCACCCGGAAGUGGUUCCUGGGUCUGUUUGACACGUAGCAUCGGAGCGGCAGAGAGCGGAUUGUGCGGGGGGUGUUCUAGAUAGAGACCAUCACACGGCUGAUUUGAAAUGUCAGGGUUUGACAACUUCAAUACUGAUUUCUACGAGUCCAGUUACAGUGUAGAUGACCAAGGGCAGGCCGCCUACGGCUAUGCCAACACGGAAGAUUCAUAUAACAAACCGUACGGAGGCUACGGCUACCCCCAGCAACCGGGAGGAUAUGGGGUCCCGUCCCCGGGCAUGGCACAGCAACCCUACACGGGUCACAUCUACCAGCCGACGCCAGCCUUCACGCCCAGCACCUCGCAGUCCAUGUACGGCAGCAGCUUCGAGGAUGAGCCACCCCUCUUGGAGGAACUGGGAAUCAACUUUGACCACAUCUGGCAGAAGACGCUGACAGUGCUGCACCCCAUGAAGGCAGCAGAUGGCAGCAUCAUGAAUGAGACGGACAUGGCUGGCCCCAUGGUCUUCUGCCUGGCCUUCGGGGCCACGCUGCUGCUGGCCGGGAAGAUCCAGUUUGGCUAUGUCUACGGCAUCAGCGCCAUCGGCUGCUUGGCCAUGUACUGCCUGCUGAACCUGAUGAGCGUGACGGGCGUCUCCUUCGGCUGUGUGGCCAGCGUCCUGGGCUACUGCCUGCUUCCCAUGAUCGUCUUGUCCAGCGUGGCUGUUGUCUUCUCGCUGCAAGGCAUGAUGGGAAUCGUGGUGACAGCAGUGAUCAUCGGCUGGUGCAGCUUCUCUGCCUCCAAGAUCUUCAUCUCAGCCCUGGCCAUGGACGGACAGCAGCUCCUGGUGGCUUACCCCUGCGCCCUCCUCUACGGCGUUUUUGCCUUGAUAUCCGUCUUCUGAGCUACCCAGGGCGCCCCUGGCACGUAGAACACGACAGACGGACACCUGGCAUGUAGGAGAGAGUAAGAGUUGCACACCCAUCCUGAAGUGUCGAAGGGCCAGACCGUUCCCCGGGGAUGAGCGUGGAUGUGUCCAGUAGGAAAACAUUGGCAAAUGUUGGCGGCCAGGCCUCGUUUGGGCUGUGACACGCCCCUCUCCCUUCCCCAGAGGACCGAUCAAUGUGGCCUUUAGAGACUGUGUCGGCAUCAUUGCAGAAAUUCAAGUUAGACUUUUUAUCAUCAAUGCAGAAUAUGUAUAAUAAUCAUUUUGAAUCUUCGAGAUGUUUCUUUAUCUUUGUUGUUCUGAUGCCGCCCCCAGUGUCUGCUUACUCUUAGGCUACACACACACACACACACACACAACCAUAUUUAUUUUCAUAUUUGUUUGCAUGCAGAAUUUUUUUUUUUUUCUUUUUAAUGGGGCACAAUAAUUUUGUUUUAGAUUGAGUCUUUGUUAUAUGAGAUGAUGAUAUGAGAUAAUGCAAACAAGUUGACCAAAGCCUGGUUCUGCCUUGCUCUGUUCAGUCUCUGAAACGGGCCCUGUUCUGGACGCCUCUCUGGCACCAUCAUUAGGUAUCCGGCGGAACUGCAGGAGCCUGCAUGUACGCUGCGGCGUGGUCGCGUGUUGCUAUACGAGCACAAUUUCCUUUGAAAAUAUCAGCUGUCAUUAUGUUUAAGCAGAGCUGUUCUCAGUGGAAUCCCCUUUCUGAAAGACGUGGAAUAGCAGAAGUGUUCGAGAUUCACCACUUUGAUUUGUCUUUUCUCACCGUUGCUCUGUAAUCAGACCCAUUAGUUUGAUCCAUCACUCUCCAUCUGACUUAACGAUGGGAUCAUAGGGUGGUUAUUUGCCACGGUCAUAUUUUUAUAGGUAAUUCACUCUCAGCCGGGGGCUGUUCCUCCAUCAGAAUUGGACAAACCAGAGUAGAGGAUUUCCAGACGAGGCCCAUUUACAUGCUUCUCCAUGUUCAUUCCCUUGUGGUUUAGUAACACUUCUAGUGGUUGGUUGCCGAUGACUCCGCUCGCUUAAAAAGGACUGAUAACAGCCCACGAUACUGGCCAGUAUAAAUUCAGGACCUAAACCGAUGUUAGUUUCGUUGUGCGAAGCUGGUGUUCGAUUAUCUGCUUGUUCGCAGCAGUGCUUUUAAAAUCUGAUGCCAAGAUCAAAGGCUUGUUUUCCCGAGCAGAGCGUUGGCUGGUUCACGAGCCGCGUCCAUUUCCUAAUGAUCCCAGCUGCUGAAAAUGCUCCUCUUCUUUUAACGUAAUGUACAGAGUGCACACAUUUGUAUACUGUACCAUUGGAUUUGUAUGUGUGAGCUUCCUUAAUGAUGUUCUAUGGAAAUAAAAGAUGUGAUAUCUUG